AGGCGGGAGGCGACGCCUGCGCAGUGCGGUCGCGGGGCUGUCGUUGUCCCGCGAGCCGCCGACCAGGCCUCGAACGGGAUGGCAGAGGAGGUGAGCACCCUGAUGAAGGCCACGGUCCUGAUGCGGCAGCCUGGGCGGGUGCAGGAGAUCGUGGGCGCCCUCCGCAAGGGCGGCGGAGACCGGUUACAGAUUUCUCAAUAUGGUCAUGCUGCUUCCUCUAAUUGGACAGAAGGCGCCCACACCAGUACCUAGGGCCUUAUCCUCCCCAAGCCAGCGGCUCCCCAGUGAUUUCUGAUUUUGACAUGACCUUGAGCAGGUUUGCAUAUAAUGGAAAGCGAUGCCCUUCUUCUUACAAUAUUCUGGAUAAUAGCAAGAUCAUCAGUGAGGAGUGUCGGAAAGAGCUCACAGCGCUCCUUCACCGCUAUUACCCAAUUGAGAUCGACCCACACCGGACCGUCAAGGAGAAGCUACCUCAUAUGGUGGAAUGGUGGACCAAAGCGCACAAUCUCCUAUGUCAGCAGAAGAUUCAGAAGUUUCAGAUAGCCCAGGUGGUUAGAGAGUCCAAUGCAAUGCUCAGGGAGGGAUAUAAGACCUUCUUCAACACACUCUACCAUAACAACAUUCCCCUUUUCAUCUUUUCUGCGGGCAUUGGUGAUAUCCUGGAAGAAAUUAUCCGACAGAUGAAAGUGUUCCACCCCAACAUCCACAUCGUGUCUAACUACAUGGAUUUUAAUGAAGAUGGUUUUCUCCAGGGAUUUAAGGGCCAGCUCAUACACACAUACAACAAGAACAGCUCUGCGUGUGAGAAUUCUGGUUACUUCCAGCAACUUGAGGGCAAAACCAAUGUCAUCCUGCUGGGAGACUCUAUCGGGGACCUCACCAUGGCCGAUGGGGUUCCUGGUGUGCAGAACAUUCUCAAAAUUGGCUUCCUGAAUGACAAGGUGGAGGAGCGGCGGGAGCGCUACAUGGACUCCUAUGACAUCGUGCUGGAGAAGGACGAGACUCUGGAUGUGGUCAACGGGCUACUGCAGCACAUCCUGUGCCAGGGGGUCCAGCUGGAGAUGCAAGGUCCCUGAAGGCGCAGGCUCCAGCCCGGCCUGCAGGCCGUGGUGAGGAGGGGCGCCUCCCCAGAGUCCGCUCCCCCGUGAACACAGAGCAGAGGCCAGGGUGGCCAGCAGUGGCUGGGUCCUUCCGCGCCCCUCCGUCCUCCUUUCCCUGAGCACCUUCAUCACCAGAGGCUUGAAGGAACCCCGCCAUGUGGCAGGGCACAGGCACUGUUCCUGGUGAACCUUGGACCACAGCAUGUCAGUGCUCUAGGGAUUGUCUACUCCAGGGAUUUUCUUCAAAAUUUUUAAACAUGGGAAGUUCAAACAAA